AUGUUUGCUAAUGCGCCGCCCAAGUCCAACACGCCUGCUCCGACUGCAGCUUCAGGUCCGGCAGCGGCUGGAGCUGGCAACGCUGCCGCAAGCCAACCUUCAGACCCUUCGGUCAAUGCUUUACUACCACACGAGAUCGAAGCGCGGCGACGCAUGGCAGCGGCGAGGGCCGAGGCGAGCCGAAUCGAACAAGAACGAGCAGCUGCGGCGGCCCCGAAACCCGGUCAAGGUUUUAGAAAUACAUGGAAUUCCCAAAGGCAAGAGGAGAUCAAGAAUUUCGUUCGAAACGAGCCGGGGUUUAUGCCCAGGACCUCUGGCCAUCCGGCACCUUUUGCACAUAAACCCAGAUCCGCAUUUCCGCACGACCAUAAACACUCGCCAGCAUUUCCCCAAGACCGGAAACAACCGCACAAUGUAUCCUCUCAAGCCGGGGAAGCUCCUCCAACCGGCGCAUUGAGGACUCUGAUGCGAAAGACCUCCGCGUGGGAUCCCCCGAAGAAGCAAAGCACACAUCCCUCUAGAGAUGACUGGAGUUCUGGCUUUAUUUACAACCAGAAGGGCUCCAAGCCAUUGCGGAAUACCACGCAAAUAGACCCAAGUUCGACCACCAGCGCACCUCAAAAUGCCUCCUCCACUGCCAACAGUCAGUGGGGCUCCUUGGCAAGGCGACAGCAGCCUGGUGGUGCAAGUCAGUCCGAGUUUUGGUCAAUGGGAGAGAAGGCACGUCCGCAAAAGUCGAAUCAGUCCGGGCCACUUGAUGAUUGGGGUAAAGAAUUUGACAAACCCCAGCAGCGUCAGCAGCUCGAGCCCAGACAAUCCGGUAUACCGAUGAGUCGUGCUCCCGCAAGAAACACCGAACAAGAUGCUUCACAGGCUUUCGAGAGAAAACCACGAGCCCGCGGUCAGCGCGAAUCCGUUGAAGUGACGGAACCGGCUCCGGCAACACCAUCCCCUCAAGCUUUUGAAUAUGAGGAUCGCAAGAGCCGGCGUCAUGAGCCAAAACGAAACAAUAAGUACGAGAUUGAUCGUGGACAAGAUCGUAAGCCAGCCAAGAAACGUGGGGGAAGAAGCUCAAGAUUUGAAGAGGAGGAUGAUGAUGACAUGGACGACGACUAUGAAGAGUACCUUGACCAGCGUAAGCUAAGGAAAGAGCGCAAAGCCAAGCGCGAGGCUGAGAGGAUCGGACCGAUUCCGAUCAUACUUCCAGAGCUCAUCAGCAUUUCCAAUCUUGCUGCUGCACUAAAGAUUGAGAAGGGGUUGUUCCUCGAUCAAUUAGCGGAGCUAGGAUUCGAAGGCGUAUCACUGGACAGCAUCAUGGCUGGCGAGACAGCAGCUCUGGUGGCUCAAGAGUAUGGAUUCGAGCCUACAGUGGAAAGCGGCGAGAUGAAGGAUAUCAAACCUCGCCCGCCUCCGGAAGAUAUUUCUGUACUGCCUCCACGACCUCCAGUCGUCACAAUCAUGGGUCAUGUCGAUCAUGGAAAGACGACACUUCUGGACUUUUUGCGCAAAUCCUCUGUGGCGGCUGGCGAGCACGGUGGCAUUACUCAACAUAUUGGUGCCUUCUCAGUCAGCAUGUCUAGCGGCAAGCAAAUAACUUUCUUGGACACUCCAGGCCACGCUGCGUUCCUGAGCAUGCGUAAGCGCGGUGCAAACGUGACGGAUAUCGUCGUUUUGGUUGUAGCAGCGGACGAUAGUGUCAAGCCUCAGACACUCGAGGCAAUCAAACACGCCCGGGGCUCCAACGUACCCAUCAUUGUUGCAAUCAAUAAGAUUGACAAGGACGGAGCUCAGAUUGAUCGUGUAAAAGCUGACUUGGCCAGCCAUGGUGUAGAGAUUGAGGACUUUGGAGGUGACGUUCAGGUCGUUUGCGUAUCCGGAAAGACUGGGCAAGGUAUGGAUGAUCUUGAGGAGAACAUUCUUACACUGUCUGAAAUUCUGGACAUGCGAGCGGAGACGGACGGUCCUGCCGAAGGAUGGAUUCUAGAGAGUAGUCUGAAGCCGAUUGGCAAAGUCGCUACGAUCUUGGUAAAACGGGGUACACUACGGCCAGGUGACUUUAUCGUCGCUGGAACUACCUUCGCCAAGAUUCGCCAUCUGAGAAAUGAAGCAGGACAAGAAAUUGAGGAAGCUCCUCCCGGAACGCCAGUCGAAAUUCUCGGUUGGCGCGACUUGCCCGCUGCCGGAGAUCAGGUUAUUCAGGGUGCUGAUGAGCGUCAGGUGCGCUCUGCGGCAGAGUACCGCGAAGAUCUUCGCAAGCGUGAGGAAGACGCUGCUGCCCAGGUCAAGAUUGCGGAGCAGCGCAAACAAUUGAGCGAACAGCGACGAGAGGAAAAGGCAGCCGAAGAGGGCAAGUAUAAACGUCCCGAUGGCAGCUGGGGCACUCAAGAAGUACUCCCUGCUGAUGAGGUCGACGGCGCUAAAAUGGUCAACUUCCUGGUCAAGGGUGACGUUCACGGAUCCGUGGAAGCCGUGUGCCUUGCAGUCCAAGAGAUUGGUUCCAACGAGGUUCGACCCCGCGUCCUCUCGUCGGCGCCCGGCGCCAUUACCGAGAGCGAUGUGGAACACGCCGCCACGUCCAACGCCGUCAUUAUCAACUUCAACUUGCCCAUCUCGGGUCUCAUUAAGCGAAAGGCCGAAUUAGCCGACGUCAAGAUACUCGACCACAAUGUCAUUUAUCACCUGACCGACGACGUCAAGAAGCACAUGAGUGGAUAUCUAGGCGUCGACCUCUCCUACAAGGUCGUGGGUGAAGCCGAGGUCCUGCAAAUCUUCCCGAUCAAUAUCAAGGGACGGCAGUACAAGAAUAUCGCGGGAUGUAGAAUCCGCAACGGACAAGUGGGACGAAACAACUUGUUCAGGGUAAUGAGGGGAGGCGAAAAGCUUUACGAGGGCAAGCUCGAGUCUCUCAAGCACGUCAAGAAGGAUAUCGACGAGGCCCGCAAGGGCACAGAGUGCGGUAUCGGUUUCGAACUCUUCCAGGACCUCGAAGUAGGCGACCAGAUCCAAGCGGUCGAGGAGGUCCGAACCGAGCGGAUGCUGUAA